UCCUCGUGCAUGGAUUAACCAGUCACUCCGCUUUUGUCUCGCCAUUGGUUCUUGCCGUUCAAUAGUCGUCUCUGAUACGCUAUUGGAGCUGUCACUCAAAUUCUGGCGCACUGACUGGAUGCGUGCAUGCGCGGUUGUAAAGGAAUACAAAGUUCUGUUGCUGAAAAGAAAAAAGUGGCUAAUCUUAAAUUUAAGAAAAUUUGCUUUGUUUUUCCCCAAUUUUAAUUGAAAGCAACCCUGAAACGGUUCUUGGCGAAAGUGACCAGUGAUGGCGGAGUGGAGAAAGUACUAUCCAAACGAAGACGAUGAGGUUGAGGAGGACGAAGAGGAUUCUGGAGGGGAUUACAAACUCAGUGGCCGCGACAGUCUGGUGUUUUUGGUUGAUGCAUCCAAAGAGAUGUUCAUCAAGGGUGAGGAUGGAGAGCCAUCUAAUUUUGACAUGACUAUGCAGUGUGUACGUAGUGUGUACACUAGUAAGAUCAUAAGCAGUGACAAAGACCUGGUCGCUUUGGUGUUCUAUGGGACUGAGCAGAGCAAGAAUCCAAGAAAUUCCUUCAAGCAUGUCUACAUCUACCACGACUUGGAUUCACCUGGAUCUCAACGUGUACUGGAUAUUGAUAAACUGCUGGGUGAGAAAGGAGCUCAAUUCGCUGAAAAGACCAUGGGCAGUGGCGAAACGUCCCUCGGAGAUGCUCUGUGGUGCUGCUCCAACCUUUACAGUGACAUCAAGUUGCGACUGUCACACAAGCGCCUGAUGAUCUUCACUUGCAGGGAUGACCCUCACGGAGGAGACGGUGCUAAAGACAGACAGGCUCGUACAAAGGCUGCUGACCUUAAAGAGACAGGUGUGGUCAUAGACUUGAUGCACCUUACAAAGCCAGGAGGUUUUGAUGUUUCCCUGUUCUUCUGUGACAUUGUAAGCCCUCCUGAAGAUGAAAGCGAGCUUGGCCUCCAGAUUGAGCCCUGCAGGAAACUCGAGGACUUGCAGAAGAGGGUCAGAGCUAAAGAGUUAAAGAAAAGAUCUCAAAGCAGGUUAACAUUCUCUCUCGGAGAAGGUGUCAAUCUGGCAGUUGGUGUGUAUGUGUUGGCCAGGACUGCCACCAAACCUUCUGCUGUCAAGCUUCACAGAGAUACUAACGAACCAGUGCGCACUAAAACCCGUUACUUCCAUGCCCAUAAUGGGGGGAUACUUUUGCCAAAUGAUAUGAAGAGGGCACAGGUUUAUGGGAAGAAACAGAUUGUGAUGGAAAAGGAUGAGGUGGAUGAGAUUAAGAAAUUUGAUGAUCCAGGUUUGGUUCUGAUGGGGUUUAAGCCCAUGGACCGUCUCAAACUGCACCAUCAUAUACGGCCCGUGCUCUUCAUAUACCCUGAGGAAGAGCAGAUAUCAGGAAGCUCCUGUAUGUUUACAGCUCUGCUUUUGAAGUGCAGUGAAAAAAAUUUAUUUGCAUUGUGCAGAUACAUUCCUCGUUGUAACACUCCACCUCGGUUUGUGGCACUAGUUCCACAGAGAGAAGAACUGGAUCAGGGUCAAACUCAGGCGACACCUCCAGGCUUCCAUGUGAUAUUUCUUCCCUUUGCUGAUGACAUACGCACUGUGGAUGCUCACGUGGGCCCCACAGCCUCUGAUGAGCAGGUGGACAAGAUGAAAGAGAUUGUGCACAAGCUCCGCUUUAAAUACAAGAGUGAUGCAUUUGAAAACCCAGUGCUACAACAGCACUACAGGAACCUGGAGGCUUUGGCUCUGAAUAUGCUUGAACCCGAGCCCAUUGAGGAUUUAACCAUGCCCAAGGUACAAAUGAUGGAUGCUCGUCUUGGUCCACUGGCUCAAGAGUUCAAAGAUUUAGUCUAUCCUCCUGAUUAUAACCCAGAAGGGAAGCCUGCGGCUAAACGCAAAACUGUCCCAUUCGUUUACCAGAGUACUCCAUGUUCUGGUAAGGGGAGGGGGGUCGGGGGGUUUCAGGAGCUAGGCUGUAUGCCAUGGAAGGUCAGCAAGCAGAAAGGAGAAGCCAUCGGUGGACGCGGGUCCGAGCUAGAGGAUAGGCCGAAUGCUGGAACGCCCCCCACCUCGUCACAACCUCCCACCAUUUAUCAUGAAAAGCAGCAUCGGGAGCUGUGCGCUCUGCACGCCCUAAACAAUGUCUUCCAGGACGGCGCGGCCUUCAGCCGUGAUGCACUUCAGGACAUCUACCAGAGGCUCUCCCCUAGCACUUUGGUAACACCCCACAAGAAAAACAUGCUGGGAAAUGGCAACUAUGAUGUGAACGUCAUCAUGGCUGCAUUGCAGACACGUGGGUUUGAGGCUGUUUGGUGGGACAAGAGAAGGGAUGUCGGCAGCAUUGCACUGCCGAACGUCACUGGAUUCAUCUUGAAUGUGCCAUCCAAUCUGCGCUGGGGGCCGUUGCGACUGCCCCUCAAGCGCCAACACUGGAUUGGAGUUCGAGAAGUGGGAGGAGUCUACUAUAACUUGGACUCCAAACUGCGCAGUCCUCAUGCUAUCGGAACAGCUGAUGAACUGAGGAAGUUUUUGCGUCACCAGCUUCGAGGGAAGAACUGUGAACUCCUAUUGGUUGUGCCAGAGGAGGUGGAAGUCCACCAGACGUGGAGGUCUGAUAACUGAUGAAUGUUUUGGAUCGUUUUUUUGUUGUUGUUUUUUUGUUUGUUUUGGAGGUUUCUCAAAUUCAUGCUCAGGAGGGAAAUAUGAGGUUCAAUCAGGG